AGGAGGAGGAAGAGGAGGAGGAGGAGGAAGAGGUGGCCGGAACGACGGCGACCAUCUGUACCGAGGACGAGCGGCACGCCGGUGACAGCGCAUCGACGAUGUACGCAGAGAACUGUCACUGCAGCCGGGGCAAUCUCACCACGACGGAUGACGACGAUGAGAUCCAACAGUACUUCGUGGUCGAUCAGCCUCCGCCGCAGCAACAGCAGCAGUACACACCACAGCAGAUGUCCUCCCUCCAGCGCAACCUUUCGAGACGUCCUUCCGUGUCGAGUUCGCAUCGAAGCGCACGAAGCACACCCCGAUCACGCCGCGUAACGACACCGCUCAGUGGUGGUAGCUGUUGCUCCCAUCACUCCCAUCACUCACAGCCAGUCCCGGUGGGAUCAACGGCCGGUCCCUACGGCACCGUUUCGCAUGGUCCGCAAUCACCUACCGCGCUAAGUCGACGGACGCUACCCGACAGCGGUGGUUCCAAUGCGACCAUCUCGAACUUCAACAUCAAUCCGGCACGGUUCCAGUGCAGUUACUACACGGCGGAUGAGAGUGAGAACUCUUACUGCUCGAUUAGUGGCGAAAACAUUCGCCAGAUCCAGGCUCAGACUGCCAUUCAGCACCAGCUGGAUCGAGAAGAGCAGAGACAGCGUUUACAGCCACUGCCACUGUCAGGCCCGGGUGCCCCGAUAGGCGAGGGUCUCAUCAACGACAACGAUAGCCAGCAGGACAUCGCAAGUCUGAAUGAGUCGCUGCUCUCAACCGUGGGCUCUACGUCUAGUGAUCAACCGGGUGGCUCGACGACGACCACCACCAGUACGACCACCUCCACGACUCAGCGUCAACUGCAACAGGUCCAUGGUGCGCCGAAGAGCGCCGGCAGUCAGCUCGUCCUAACGCCUUCGAAGAUCACAAUCGAGAAUAUCGGACAGCUGUCGGAGAUCGGUACCGCAAACUACGAGUUCGACGAUCUGGACAUCAAUAUCCCGGAGAUCUUCCAGUCGCCCUCGAAGAUCAAGUGGAGUUUCCUGGCGAACUUGGACGAGAGCAAGUCCAACAAGUCGCGCAUCAGUUCCGUAUCGUCGCUAGUGGAUGCUGGAAGUAGCACACGAGGUCGUAGCGGUACCGAAUCCGGUGGCGCGGACGUCAGUGAGACGGCGAGCGACAAUGAGUACAGCCCGAACCGUAUCCGGCGUCGACGGCCGGAACCGUUGCCGGUGGGCGAACCAAGCCACACGCCCGGAGCGGGCAUUCAGACAUCCUCGUCCAGCUGUAAGAUCGAGGAACUGCUCAAGAAGUCCUCACCGUCGGCAUCGGCAUCCGACUUCAAGACGGUUUCAAUCUGGCGAGCUGAGAACGGCGACGAAGGGAACGCGAUCAUCUUCCAUCAUGAGAGCGAGAUCGUGGAGAACUGCUGUACGAACCAUUUUUUAGACCACAGUAGCUACGACGUCUGUCGGGUGGAUAACUGUGAUUAUCUGAUCAAGAGCAACGACACGGACAACAACACGGGCACGAAGCGAACGUCGUCCUGCGGCAGUCUGUGCAAGAGUGAGGAGCGAUUGAACAACACGAUCAUGCCUUCGACGACAGUUGCCGGCGUGGGGACGAAGCAGCUCGAGUUGAAGCAGCGCAAUAUCUUCACCUCCACGCUGGCCGGUACGACCACCACGAGCGCCUCGAUGACCAGUGCCUGUGGGGCGACCAUACCGAUGUCGGCGACGACGACCACCGUGUACAGUAUCAUCUCGCCGGAUUUGAAGCGGUUCGAGAAGCAGACCAACCUGAAUCGUAAUUCGGUCAAUCUCAGCCAGAACCUACCGCCAUCGUCACCGUCGUUCUCGUCGACAUCGUCGAUCUUCGCCGGGAACUAUGGUUCCACGCUCUAUCGCAACAUUAACCAGCAGCAGCAACAGCACCAAACGUCCGAGCACGACAAGCUGCUCAACACCUCCACCGUGUCGCGAGGAUCCUCACAGCGGUCGCGUCUCCACACUGCACCGGCCAGUACGAUCUCGCGCUCGGCAACCUCCAGCCUACAACGCUCCGGGCGGCCACCAUCCGCUGCACCGUCGGCCUCGGGUGGAUUCAACAACCAAUCCAACAACUACCCGAGCAGUACACUCGAUCGAUCCACGUUAGGCGGACGUACACUAUCUACCGUGUCGCUAGGCUUCAGCGACACACGGCGCGAUCCACACACUCCACAGCCGGGCGAUCCAACCGCUCCAGCGUUCAGCAUUACCGGCGGCGGUGAAACGGCAGCCGCCAGUGCAGCAACAGCGGCAGCCGCUGCCGCCACCCAGUUCUACAACAAAUCCUACCACUACAACCUAACCGCGCAGAACCAACUCUACUUCCAGGCGUUCUCGAAUCUGGUCCGCGAGCAGGAACAACAACAGCAGAACUGCGAGUUCCAUCAGGCCCAACCGCAGACCCCAUCGCCUCAGCCACAACCGAGCUGUCCGCAGUGUUACGAGUACUACGGUUGCCAGGCCCAGUACUACGCGAAUGCGACGAAUGAAGCAGACAACGAGUUCGCCGAAUGCAAUGCGGGUGGGUCCGGUGGUGUUGUGUUGCGUCGGGGCGGUUGGCGCCGCAAUGUAGGCACCACGCUGCGCAUAAACGGUUUGGUGCGGGUGGUACGCACCCGGGCAAGGAAGUGUGCCGAUUACAUUCGCCAGAAGGAACACCAGAGCAAUAAUCGAUUCCGACGGCGGAAGUAAGAAGUCAAGGUGGUGUCAAGGAGACAACAUGGACCUAGAGGCGCAUGAAUUCAAUCUAAAGAGACAGUGCAUUAGUUCAUCGUAUCAUCCAAAAGGGGCAGCAUUGAACGAAGGAACGAAGCGUUAUUUCGAGGUUAUGGCAGCGAAGCGCUAGCAGUUAAGUUUUACCUAAUAAGCUUUAGUAUAAUAAGAAAGCUAGAGAGUUACAUACACUUACACUUACACACAAGCGCAGCAGCAGAAGAUGUGCGAUAGAACUAAGCCCACUAUUUCAGCACGUAUAAAGUCGUAACGAUUAUAGUAUAUUGUGGAAAUAAUUACGCGUGUUUGAGAUGAAAGUUCUGUGUGAUUUUGUAUGCGUGCGUGUGUGACAGAGAGAGAAAGAGAGAGAGAGAGAGUGCAUGAGCAAGACAAAACCGUAGGAGGGAAAGAGAGAGAAAGUUAGGUUAGGAUACACGAUACAACAGCUGAUAUCGUUUAAUAUUAUAAUAGCGAUUCGGAGUUAAGUGUGAAGCGGUAGCGUUCGGAUGAAAACAAGAAAGACGAACGGAUAACCAUGCUAGAUAAUAACACCUACAAACAGUUUCAUUAAUACGGGAACAGUGCGUAUACAUCGGUAUUCAUCCCCCAUUAAAAAGACACAUGAGGUAGCUUUGUCACACAAACUCUGCACAAACAUUACCACGAGCAACUAGGAAACGAGCGCAACCAACAUUUGUAACUAUUUCUAAACAACCCGGUACGUAUUGAAUUGAUCACAUCGCAGGAGCAGCUGAAAACGUAGUAAAAGCAAUUCGAAUUCGAAUUCGAACCUUUUUGUAGGAAAGGUGCACUCGAAAUCCAACGUUAGACGACGACAGCUAUCAUUAACCAUCGCGGAAAGGUGGAACGAUCAAGUUUGCAGUGCACAUUGCAUACUAGUGGGCGUUUUCUGUCAGCGCGCUUGAAAGUAUGCAAUUUGCAUGACAAUAGAACUUUUUGAUUGGUGAAUGUUUUUGCAGCUCGCAAUAGAUGCUCGUUCGUGUACCCAACAGUUAGUUAUGAACUCUUCACCGAGGCCCUAGGGCAUACAUGAAUUGAGCGAAUCCGUCGUAUUCUUUAACUAUACUUGGGAAGUGAUCAGGUGUUCUAAACCUAAUCUGAAACACGCCUCGCCGAUGAGGAAUUUAAACGCGCAACUCCAAUUCGCCACCUCAAACAAACAUCCCGGGAAGGAGUUCCCGAUCGAAACGUCUUUUGCACAACCGUGUACAUUUUACUUCUAGCGUCAGAACAUCAGAUCCGGGUCUUUAAAAAACAACUGGCACACGCAUGGAGCAGAGCAUCCAACACAUUAUCUGCAACUUAUUGAAACAAAUAAGCGAGCGGUAUAAUUCUUACGGUUCUUACGGAACGUAGCCAGCAGUCUGCAGUUAGAUAAUCGGUAAGGUUAGAUAUAAUGUAAUGAAAUUAAAUCGUUCAAGGUGCAUGACCGAUCGGAUCGGUGCGGAAGCAUUGCGUUAUUUUUAGUCAUCUUUUAAGGCUUGUUAAAGCGCAAGGAAUUGUUAGAUGUUGAUAUCGUUAUGAUGUGUUAUUAUUCCCCCUUUUUGUAAGGUGCUUUCACUUCCUCACCGUUAGUUGAAUUCAUUGAAGGACAUCCAACUGUUCACCAGAGUUCACAUUACAAAUUUGCGCCACCAGAGUUUAUGGAGUAACGAAUUUUGUUGAACCAUUUUGCCAUUGGCCAUCCUGCCAUUAAACUAAUUUCAAAAUCGUUCACCUGUAUAAACGAGCGCUAAUGUGUGAGUGUAUGGAAUACAUUACGCUCUAGCAAAACAAAACCACAACAAAAAAACGUUCAAAGGACUGAAAAGGACUUGAACAUAGGUAAGCAACCAAAUAAACAAACAAAACAAAAAAGAAAACCAACAUUAAAACAAAACAAAAGGAACAUAUUUUAAGCGUCAAAACAUGUAGAUAAUGAUUUUUCUGUACUUACGUCUUAGCAAUUGGACAACAAACAGAAAACAUCAACGUAACACUACGGUUUAAUAAAAAAAAGUAAACAGCUACACGUAUAUACAUAUAUACAUAUAGAAACUAGUGAAAAAAUAUACUGCUAGAGUUUAACUUUAAUAUAUAAAGUAUAUCUAACUCACUAACAUGGUUUAAGCCUUAACUAUAAGCGCCGUCGUCUGUAGAUGUAUAAAUGAAGCAGCAAACAAGUAGUAGAGCGUGUCGAAGCGACAUGUACAAUGUAGUAGAACAUAAUCCACUGUAUAACUAUCACCGCAUAAGGCAUAGUAACUAGUAGUAGCCUGAGGAAUAAUUCGCACAUGACGUCUGCGGUAAACGUUGGCCUCUACAAGGUGGUGUGCGAGAAAUACCCUUUCAGUUCUAGGAAAGGAUACCAAAAACGCUACUAUCAGAAAAGAAACCCCGGCUAACACUUAUAGGAAAUAAUCGUAACUCAAUAAGCCUACACAACCCGCACGCAAAAAUUAUAAAUUAAACAAAAACGGAAGGAGGCACAGUUUGCUGAACGGUUAGGCGGGAUUGAAAUAAAAUAACAGUUAGAGUAAUUUUGAUGCACUGCCAAAAACAAAAUGGUUU